AUGACUUCUAAUUCAUAUAAAAUAGAUGCUCCAUACUUAGGGCUUUAAAACAUAGGUGCAACAUGUUAUAUGAAUUCUGUUCUAUAGACUUUAUUCAUGACCCCAGAAUUUCGUAGAGGAUUGUAUUUAUGGAAAUAUGAGCAUUCAAUACACGGUGAAGAGAUUGAUUCAAUACCAUUUUAACUUUAAAAACUCUAUGGAAGACUUUAAACAAAAAUAUUUGAAUAUAUUGAUACGAGAGAUCUGACAAAAUCAUUUUAGUGGGAUAUUCAUUAAGCAUUCCAACAACAUGACAUUUAAGAAUUCAUUCGAAUAUUAUUUGAUGCAAUUGAGUAGAGUGAUUAGAAUUGUAACUUUGUAAAGGAAUUAUAUGAAGGUAUAUUUAUAAUAAUAAGGAAGGUACAUAUCUUCAUUACACAAAAUGUUUGAAAUGCAAUUAUGAAAGUCAGAGAUAAGAAAUAUUUAUGGAUUAUACAGUAAUUUUAAAAGAUAAAUGGAGUAAAGUAUACAAUAACAGUUUGGAAUUAGCUAUUUAAAGGAGUUUGAAACCUGAAAAAUUAGAUGGUGCUAAUUAAUAUUUUUGUGAAUCUUGUUAAGCCAAACAAGAUGCUCAUAGAGGAUAAUAAAUUUAUAAAUUACCAUCAAUAUUGAAUGUUCAUAUAAAUCGAUUUGCAUUUGAUUAUGUGAUGAUGAGAAGAGAAAAAUUAGAUGAUAAAAUGGCAUUUCCAUUUGUACUAAAUAUGAAUAAUUAUAUAAAAACAUAUGAUGAAAUUCCAAAUAAAUUGCCAGAAGAAACAGAUCCAUCAUAUUUUGAAGAAUUAGUAUAACCAAAAAAAUAAUAAUUUAAAACGACAACAGUAGGAAAAGUUUAGACAUCAUAACAUACAGUUAAAACAACUAAAAGCGUUAGACCUAAUUAAGGAUUAAAAGAUUUUAUUAAAUAAUAAAAAAAAGUAGCAAAAUAAUAAGGCAAUACUGAUGUGAUUGAAACAUUUGGAACAAUAUAAGAAGAUGAAUAAAUUUAAUAAAUAAUUCAUUAAUAAAUUUAAGAUGAUAUUAAAUAAACAUAAUAAUAAAUAAAAGGUACACAAAAUUAAGCAAAUGAUAUUCCACCACCUCCACCAUUACCAGUAUUUGAACAUGAUUUAGAGUAUUAGAAUGCACCUAAAGUUUAGAUUUAAUAAGAUACUAAAAGUUAAAAUGAUUAAUAAAAAGAUGAUAAGAAUGAUGUAAAAGAUAAAUAGUAAUCGUAAUAAAUUUUAGAUACAACAGAGGAAAGAAAGAAAUAUGUUGAAUUAGUUAAAUAGAAAUGUUAAGAAUCAAUAUAGGAAUAAGAUAAUUAAAUUAGAUAAUAUUUAAAAGAUGGUCCAAAUGUAUAUUAAUUAUAUUCAAUUCUUAAUCAUUCAGGAGGUGCUAUGGGUGGUCAUUAUUUUGCUUUUAUAAGAUCUCAUGAAGAUGGAUAAUGGUAUUGUUUUAAUGAUAGUUCUGUGACUUAUAUAAAUCCAGAUGAUAUUCCAAUGAAAACAUUUGGAGGUCAUUCUGGUGGAAGUGCUUAUAUGUUAUUUUAUAGAAAAGUUGAACCUAAUUAAGAAAGUUGGGGAACAUGGGGGGGAUAAUUUUAAGAAAAUGAAUUACCUGAAUAUGUUUAAUUGAAAUUAUAAGAAGAGAAGAUUCAAUUAGAAGAAUAUAGAUAAUAAGGAGGAGAAGCUGAAGAUUUAUUUGCACUUUAAAAACCUAUUACUAUUAAAGCACAUUAUAAAUUAGAAGUUAAAACUUUUACAUUAGAAAAUAGCACUAGUUUUCUUAAUUUUAGAUAAUUAGUGCUUGAUCAUUUUUAAAUUAAAGAUCGAGAUAAUUGUAGAAUUAGAAUAUAUAAUCCUUAUACUGAUUAAUUUUAAGAUACAUUUGAAGGUAAAGAAAUGAGAACAUUAGCUGCACUCAAAUUAUAAAAUAGAUGUGUUUCUAUUGAAUUUAAAUAAUAAAAUGAGGAAUGGAAACCAUAUAAUGAAUAAGCAAUUACAUUUAGAGUUGCACUUUAUAGAGAUAAUCUUGAAGCUCUUGAUGAAAAAAGUUUAUAACCUAAAAAAAUAACAAUUAAUAAAAAUGAUUUUGUACAUGAAUUAAUUGAAGCAACAAAGAAAGCAUAUAAAUUAGAAGAAGGAGAAUAUUAAUUAUUAAAAAGAAAUGGUGAAUUCGGAGAAAUAUUAAGUUCAGAUAAACCUAUAGAAGGAUAUUAUGAAAAUAGUUUCUUUUACAUUGAACUUAAAACUGAAAAAAGUAAUUGGUUAAGAGAAUUUGAAAUAGAUGAACAUAGAAUAACUAUUAAAUUUAAUGAUCCAACAAAAAGUGUAUAAGGAUAUUCAUAAGAGGGUUAACCUGAAGAUUUGUAUCCUCUUGUAUGUACAAUAGAUAAUAGAGCUACUAUGAUGGAAUUAAAAGAAAAGCUUUGUUAAUAGAUAGGGAUUUCAUCAAAAAAUUUAAUAAUGAGAAGAGGUGGAAGGGCAGGAUUAGAAUUGAAAGAUAUGACAAUAGAAGUUGGACUUAAUCAUUUUGUUAGAGGAUCAUCUAUUCAUUUAGAUAUAGGUACUCCUUUACAUUUAGGCGAAUAUAGGUGUAUUAUUUCAAUAGCAUCUGCUCCUAAUCUUUAUGAAGAUAGAAACUUUUAUUAAUUCUAAGAAUUAGGAGAGUAUUCUAUUCCAGGAGAUAAACCAAUUAGUUAAUUUGUGAAUGAUUUAGCUAUUUGGGCAUCAGAAAAAAGUGGGAUAUAAUUAGAUCCUAAACAUAUAAGACUUAGAGAAAGAAUUGCUGAUCGUUUAAAUAAAGUAUAUAGAGAUAAACCAUUAAAAGAAUAAGGAAUUGUUGAAAUGAGAAUGAUAGCAAUUGAGUAAUUAUAAGAUGAAUGGUAACAUUUGACAUCUAAAGAUGUAUUUAUUCAUGCAAGAUUUUGGGAUUAAGAAAAAUGGGAUCUAUCAGAAAGAAAUGAAUUUGUUGUUAGUAGAAAUUAAAGUGGUGCAGAUUUAGCAGAAUAGUUUACUACAGUAUUUGGUAUCAAAGCUGAAAAUAUUGAAGUAUGUAGAAUUGUUGCAAUUCAUAGAUUUAAUAGAUAUGAGUUAUUAAAUUAAGAAGUAUAUAUUUUAUUAUUACAUAUAUUUUAGUGGAUUCCAUUAAAAAAUGAUGAUUAUCUAUUAGGAUCAUAACCAUUAUUCAUAACUAAUGAUGGAUAAGUGAUUAUCCUUAGAGAUUCUUCAUAACAACCAAGAGAAUUAACUAAUGAAGAAAUCAAAUAAUUUGGAAUCAUUCAAUCUAAUUAUACUAAGUCUAUCAAGACUGGAAUUUCAAAAGGUCCAAUUAAAACUAGAUUUUUCAAUGAAGAAAAGGCUUUAGUCAUUACUGUUAAAAAGUAUUAUUCUUUAUAUAUAUUUCCUAUAGGAAAGCGGAAGAAGUUAAACCUGAAUGAUUUAUUCAAAUUCAUAUUUUAC